AUGGUCCACAACGAUUACCUCCAUAUUGACGGCCGAUUGAUCAGGUUCGCCAACUGUUACCUCAUCGAGCCUGACAGCGGCGACUUGACGACCUGCACCGCAUCCAUCUGGGUAGAUAGGCUUUUGAGAACCAUCGCGCGCGUGGUUCUGGACGAUCCAAGCGCGGCCAAUCGCUUCGCAUCGGAUUCUGGCCAGGAUCCUUCUAUCAGGGAAGAAGCACUUGCUGCAGCUCCUACGAUUGAUCUCCAGGGCCAAGUCUUGGCACCAGGGUUGAUCGAUAUCCAGAUCAACGGCGCUUAUGGUAUCGACUUUUCACAUUGGCCGGGCGAGGAAGAAGACUAUAUCAGCAAGGUGGAGACGGUUUCGACCAGGCUGGCAGCAACCGGAGUUACGGCUUACUUGCCAACGGUUAUCUCUCAAACGCCUGAUAUGUACGAGCAGAUCAUUCCAGCCCUUCAUCAUCAUGCGGUCGACUCCCUUACCACUGGUGCUGCAGUGAUCGGUUACCACCUUGAGGGUCCAUUCCUGGCCCCUUCGAAGAUUGGCUGCCACCCCGCUGACAAUGCCAGGGACGCUUCUGAGGGGUGGCGGUCUUUGAUCGGGACCUACGGUCAAACGAUUGUCGAGCCUGCAGAGGAAUUCAAGCUGGCCAAGAUCAUCACCUUAGCGCCCGAAGUUCUGGGUGUUAUGGCCUGCAUCCCGCGACUAGUUGAGGAGGGUCUCACAAUCAGCAUCGGUCAUUCCGGGGCUAACACCCAACAAGCUGCCCAAGCCGUUGCUUCCGGCGCUUCCUUGAUCACUCAUCUCUUCAACGCCAUGCCCGCUUUCCAUCACCGCGAGCCUGGCAUCAUCGGUCUUCUUGGUGCAGGUCCAGAUAGUCACGAAAACGUCGACGGAAAGCAUCCUUCUCAAACGCUUCAGUCCGCUUUGCCAACUCCCGCAGCCUCCCAGGUACUGAGCAAAAUUGAAAGCCUUGCCGAUAACAAGUCUCCGCUACCGUUCACCGAGACGGAGACUCCCGAGACGAAUAAUCAGAAUCCAAGACCCUUCCAGCGACCUUUCUGGAGUUGCAUCGCCGACGGCUUGCAUGUCCACCCCUUCGCUGUCAAUCUCGCCUACCAAGCGCAUCCUCACGGGUGUAUCGUCGUUACCGAUGCUGUCUCUUGGAUGGACCCGAAUCUCCCGGAUGGGGUGUAUCCUUGGCGGUCUCAAGACCAUACCGUAACCAAGAAAGGGGACUCGAUUACCCUGACCGAUACGGAUACUCUCGCUGGUGCCGCUGUACCGCUGGACAAGUGCGUCAGGAACCUGGCCAAGUUCUGCGGAAUUCCCUUGUCAAAAGCCAUCCACUGUGCGAGUCGAAAUCCCGCAAAGUGUCUAGGUGGCUCGGUCGUCCAAUCGAAAGGCGCCCUCAAGGUUGGCUUCGAUGCUGAUCUGACCGUGUGGGACAAGGAAACCGGGGAACUAUUGUCAACCUGGCGAGCCGGAAGACAAGUCUUCGGCAAAUUUGAGUUGCAAAACCCGGCGUGAUGCAGCCGACAAGAUGGACAGCUACGAACGAUUCGAUA